CCCCAUCUUCCCUUCGACCAUCAGCACAACACUCGUGACUAUCCAAGCAGAUGACCUGAACUUUCACCUUUGAGCGGACUCAACGCCUCGGAAAUCAAUGCGUCACCCGUUCAGAUCUUGCCGUGCAUCAGAGUAGACCGCAAGCCGUAGGCUUGUCGAGGAUGCCGCAUCUUCUCGUACCGUCCGGGCUUGGGUAGCGGUCAUGCUGCAUGGAUUCGUGAUCUUGUCAUGGAGGGCGAACCGCUCAGGAGGGCCUCGGUGGAUGCUGAUGAGCCGUCUCAGAUGCUCAGCAUGGCCACGCCCCCUGCCACUCGUAUGCCUUGGUGGGUGACGGCGAGCACCAGCCCUUCGCCUCUUUCAAGAUUUCUCGGUUUCCACUAUCACGCUCACCACACCACCCUGACAGACUUUUGAUCGAGGUGAUGAAGCGUGACUUCACAGCUCUCGACGCUCAUCAAUCUCUGCCCCAGCACGCCAAAUCUUCCCACCUCAGCUAAUCUCAGGG